AUGGCGCCGGUGGGCGGGGGCGGGCGCCCGGGCGGCGGGCCGGCCCGAGGGCGCCUCCUUCUGGCGGCGCUGGUGCUGCUGGUGUUGCUGUGGGCUCGGGGGGCCCGGGGCCAGGACGACCCCCAGAGGGGCGCGAUCCUGGGCAUGAGGCUGGCGAGCUGCAACAAGUCGUGUGGGAUGAACCCGGAUGGCAUCAUCUUCGUGUCCGAGGGCAGCACCGUGAACCUCAGGCUGUACGGCCAGAGUCUGGGCAACAUCUCCAGCAACCUGAUCUCCUUUACAGAGGUGGACGACGCCGAGUCCGCCCACAAGUCCGCUAACUGCUUGGAGCUCACCAAGGACCUGGUUGUCCAGCAGCUGGUCAACGUGAGCCGCGGGAACACGUCCGGGAUGCUGGUGGUGCUCACCAAGUUCCUCCGGAGGAGCGAGAACAUGAAGCUGUAUGCACUGUGCACCCGAGCCCGGGCGGACGGGCCCUGGCUCAAGUGGACCGACAAGGACUCGCUGCUCUUCAUGAUGGAGGAGCGUGGGAGGAUCCUGCCCCUCUGGCUGCACAUCCUUCUCAUUAUGGUGCUGCUGGUGCUGUCGGGCAUAUUUUCUGGCCUCAACCUGGGGCUGAUGGCCCUGGACCCCAUGGAACUGCGCAUCGUGCAGAACUGUGGCACCGAGAAGGAAAGGCGCUAUGCGCGCAAGAUCGAGCCCAUUCGGCGUAAGGGCAACUACCUGCUGUGCUCACUGCUCUUGGGGAACGUGCUGGUCAACACCUCCCUCACCAUCCUCCUCGACAACUUCAUCGGGUCUGGCAUCAUGGCGGUGGCUUCCUCCACCAUUGGCAUCGUCAUCUUUGGGGAGAUCCUACCUCAGGCCCUGUGCUCCCGACACGGGCUGGCUGUGGGGGCCAACACUAUCAUUCUCACCAAAUUCUUUAUGCUGCUCACCUUCCCCCUCAGUUUCCCCAUCAGCAAGCUCCUGGACUUCUUCCUGGGCCAGGAGAUUCGCACUGUGUACAAUCGGGAGAAGCUGAUGGAGAUGUUGAAGGUGACGGAGCCCUAUAAUGACCUUGUGAAAGAGGAGCUAAAUAUGAUCCAGGGUGCCCUGGAACUACGGACCAAAACGGUGGAGGACAUCAUGACCCAGCUCCAGGACUGCUUCAUGAUCCGCAGCGAUGCCAUCCUGGACUUCAACACCAUGUCGGAGAUUAUGGAAAGCGGCUAUACUCGCAUCCCAGUGUUUGAGGACGAGCAGUCCAACAUUGUAGAUAUCCUCUAUGUCAAAGACUUGGCCUUCGUGGACCCCGAUGACUGCACCCCCCUCAAGACCAUCACUCGCUUCUAUAAUCACCCGGUGCACUUCGUCUUCCAUGACACCAAGCUGGACGCCAUGCUAGAGGAGUUCAAGAAGGGAAAGUCCCACCUGGCCAUCGUGCAGAAGGUGAACAACGAGGGCGAGGGGGACCCCUUCUACGAGGUGCUGGGCCUGGUCACCCUGGAGGACGUCAUCGAGGAGAUCAUCAAGUCCGAGAUCCUGGAUGAGUCGGACACAUACACUGACAACCGCAGCCGGAAACGGGUGUCCGAGAAGAACAAGCGCGACUUCUCAGCCUUCAAGGAUGCUGACAACGAGCUCAAGGUGAAGAUUUCGCCUCAGCUCCUGCUGGCUGCUCACCGCUUCCUGGCCACAGAGGUGCCCCAGUUCAGCCCGUCUCUGAUCUCGGAGAAGAUCCUGCUGCGGCUGCUCAAGUAUCCAGACGUCAUUCAGGAGCUCAAGUUCGACGAGCACAACAAGUACUACGUGCGCCAUUACCUGUACACCCGGAACAAGCCGGCCGACUACUUCAUCCUCAUCCUGCAGGGGAAGGUGGAGGUGGAGGCAGGGAAGGAGAACAUGAAGUUUGAGACGGGCGCCUUCUCCUACUACGGGACCAUGGCCCUGACCUCGGCCUCCUCCGCGCCUCCAGCCCAGGCUGGGUGUCCGCUCGGCAAGCGGAACUCCCUGCUGUCCUGGCUCUCAGACCGCUCGCCCGCCCACGCCACGCCCCUGAGUCGCUCGGCCUCCCUCAGUUACCCAGACCGCACGGACAUCUCGGCGCCCUCGCCCUUGGCAGGCAGCAGCAACCAGUUCGGCAGCUCUGUCCUGGGCCAGUACGUCUCCGACUUCAGCGUCCGGGCCCUCAUGGACCUGCAGUACAUCAAGAUCACUCGGCAGCAGUACCAGAACGGACUCCUGGCCUCGUGCAUGGAGAACAGCCCUCAGUUUCCCGUAGAUGGGUGCACCAUCUGCUCGGAGAACUUUACUGAGAAGUCCGACCUGCCCGUGGUGGACGAGACCACGACUCUUCUCAACGAGCGUAACUCCUUGCUGCACAAAGCCUCCCACGAGAGCGCCAUCUGACAGCAGGGCCCGGGGUCCCCCGCUUACCCCGCGGGGGCCUCCCCAGUGGGCCCACAUGAAGAGAGGGAGCCUGUUAGGCCAGAAGGGGUACAGAUAGAUAGCCUGUCUAACUGAACAGCCAGAUAGCUCCCGCCCUGGGGGAUCUGGCCUCCGACAGGGACCUCUGAACGGCUCUGAGGGAGCGGCUGCCCAGCCUGAGGCUGGUGGGACAGGGGGCCACCGUGAGCACGGGCUGUUUGCCAUCCAGAGAAUUUCUAAACUAGGCUCAUUGCCCCUCUUUUUAAAUAUCAUUUUGGGAAGGGAAGACAGGGUUAACGAACUUUAUUUAAAUAAUUUUUUUUUUUUUUUUUUUUU